AUGAAUUAAAAGGAAUAAAUUAAUCCAUUUAAAGCGUAUGGAACGAAGGAAGUUUGGGAGAAAAUAAAUGAGUCUGGAAAAAACAAGGAAUACGUGAGAUUCCCAGGGAUUGGAAUCGAAUAAACCCCAUUUUAUUAAAUGCAAAGACAACAUGCUGAAAAAAAUCAAAGUAAGAAGCAGGACUUUCUUAGCAAGCUAAAUAAAUUUGAAUAUUUCCCAUCUGGAAAUUAGAAAAAGUUAGACAUUUAAGGGAUGUUUUCUCAAAUUGACGAUGUAAAGAAAUACUAAGCAAGAAUGGAAAGGAUAGACCCAAUUAACAAAAAUUUGUUGUAACACAAAUUGCACAAAGCAUUAGAAACCGCUUCGUUUUUAUGGGGUGAAUAGUUCAGACAUGAUGGAAGUUUGGGAACGUUGGAUUCGAUAAACAAUUUAUUGAAUCAAUCACAAAAGAAGCUUGAAUAAAGAAAUCAGAGGUCAUCAUAAGGUAAGGCUUGGACACGAAAUAUGAAUAUUAAUCAAUAUGUUUUCUUAUCUGCUUUGGUACCAACUAAAUGA